AGCAUUUUGAAAUCAAGGAACACAAUUUUGAUUUGGUUGCCAUGGCGGAUAUCAAGGCCAUCAUUGCCAUCCGGAUGGGAUUAGAACCCCCAUCAUCCCCAGUUCAGACCCCUAUGCCAUCUCCACCAAGUUCAGCCAAAGCAGCCCGGGAUGAGAAUGAUCCACCCCCGAACCCUAGAGCAAAAGCUAGCACUAACAAAACCCGAGAAGUACCUGACAAAGAAGAGACUCAGAAUGACAAGGUGAACAGCGCAGGAAACGAGGACUCUCAGGACCCGGAGAUCUUGGAAGCUUCACCACCCGGUACACCUCAACCUUGUGAUGGAAAAGGGAGCGGCAAAGGAGUCAAAGGAGGUCGGGGGCGUGGACGUGGACGUGGCCGUGGAUUGAAACGGCCAUCUAGCGCAUGUGAACCCUCUACAUCACCAAUGAAGCGACCGGCAGCAGCAGUUCCACCCAACCAUGAUGAUUCGACCCCAGGUGAGAUUCCUUCCAAGGACAGUGAUGCUGCUGGUGAGGCAGCUCCCGAGACCAAGACUGUGGACAACAAGACUGUUGACAACAAGGAGAAAGAGAAGCCUGAGAAGCCUGUGGACAACAAGGAGGUCGACAAGACUGAGAAGACGACUCGAAAGAAGGCUGAGAGCUCUUUGUUGUCAAAGAAUGGUACUUGGGAGGUGCAUGAGCGGAUUCGUGCAUCUGGAAAAGGAGAAGGCCAAAAGUACAAAGCUUUUAUUAACACCAAAACUGGUGCCACGUACUAUAGCCGAACCCAGGCCAAAAAGAAUGGCUACAAAGAUUAGGAAACCAACCUCUGAUCCCUGCCCGCUGC